UUGAAUGCAAGUUCCCAAGCAUAAACACUCAUUGCUGAGGGAUUUCAAAUUAGGUUUGCCGUCCUCGUCGCAGUAAUGUUUCGUUCCCGUCGCUCACGUUUUUAUCAACCCUAUUACGCCCACUUUUAGUUCACUUUCAAUGCUCAUAUAGUCAUCAGUAUUAGUCAAUCGUUCAAAAUGAUCAGUUUAAAAACAUUUGUCGCACUGAUUCCGAUCAUCGAAAUAAUCAGCACAUAUAAAAUUUGGCAGCACAAUCUUCACUUCGACAAUCCUCGCAAUUGGAUCUCCGGCAAAGUGCCCAGCCCAGGGCAACCCAUUCAUUUUCCAGCCAAAUUGAACGCCAUAGUAAAUCUUCCGGAAACCGUUAGUGUGCAGUCCAUAAUACUCCCACAGACAGGAGUGCUGUUAGUUCCAGGGGCCGAUUUCUCACUGGUCUUUGAAAACGAACCGAAGCAUCGAGAACCGGCCAGCUUUGAGACGCCCGUUCGUAGGCCGUAUUACGGAUCGGACAGUUGGUUGAUUGUGGAUGAGAGCACGAAUACUCCCGUUUAUCCGAAUAGUGCAAUGCCGCAUACGGAGAGAAUUCCUUGUCAAUUUGAAAAGGCUAUUUUCUCGGGAAGUCCCGCACCGGUUGAUUUACAGUACCACGAAGCGAUCAUAGUUAAGAAUAUUAACUAUGCGAAUAAUGAGGGGUUGGACGAGUUUCGCCACUUUUUGUCUACAGAACUCGGUCAAUUUGUAUUUUUCAAUGGAGAAGAAACUUUGAUAAAGGAAGGCAAAUGCGGAAGUCCCGAGAAGUGUCCCUGUCAACCGGAGUGGGUAAAAUCGGCAGUUUGUGCUAAUGAGGUUUGCGAUGUCCCGCGAUGUUUGAAACCGAUUGUACCGGUCGGGCACUGUUGCGCAAUAUGCGGUAGCAUGCUGACCAUGGAUUUGAUUAAUUUCGGAGGAAAGUUCGAGCUUGGAGAUUUUUCCAGAAAACUCGAACGAAAAAUUGCUGCAUCGCAGGUCGAUGAAUCUCUGGUGGAUUAUCACGUUAGUGUUCAGAACGAUGCCCUUCAGCUGGUGAUUGUGGAUGUCAAGGAUUAUGACGAAAAGAGCAUUCAAAUGAUGAGAAGCUUGGAGCCGUUUUUCUUGAAACUGUUUCUGAAUGGUCAUAACAUUGUGCACUCCGGACGUCCCUAUGUUCCAUACGAAAGCGGACAGCUAUUUCUAGUGGUGUUCUUAUCUCUACUAAUGGUAUCAAUUUUCUUUACCAUAAUCUACGUAUACUACUACGAUGACAACAUGAUUCCCAGGGUCACGGCCUUAAUCCGCAAUCGACAAUUCUUUCUUUCUCCCUUCGUUUUUGCGAGAUUUGACCCGAACAAUGACAAUGAAGAGUCAACGGUGGAUAUUAACUUCAACCCGUCAGGAGUGGAAAACCUCAACUCUUCCUUUAAUAAUCCUAUGUUCGAGGAAAAUGCAAAGGAAGCAUCAACCUCCGGGGAGACAGGUAUAAAAGAUGAACAAGAAUUGUACGUCGAUGUUGAACUGAAGAGUCACAAUUAAUUCCGUACAAUGUGUAUGAUUUCGAACUGAAUAUCUUCUUAUAAUAACUAAGAAAUAAACAUGUUACUUACCUUUCCCCUCA